AUGGGGAGUGUGGAGGGUGUUGUGUGGGAUCAGCAUUUGGUUGGGAAGGAGUAUUUGGGGGAGGUGGCUGUUGGUGUGGGGGAGUGGUUUUGUGUUGGUGUUGCGCAGGGGGGCAGGGUGGAAGAGGGCGUUUGGCCAUUUACGAUCCCGCUUGUUUCGACACGCACGUCAACACCGUCGCAGGGGACUAUCACGCUCAAAAUUGGGUUUGUACGUGCUCCUGCGCCUUCCUCUGCCUCUUCCACAUCUGCCGAGGGUGCGGAUACAGGUAUAGGAGCAGGAGGGGAGGCGAACCAGAUGUCGUUUGAGGAGAUCUACGAUGUGUUGGUGAGGAGGAGUCGGGUGUUGUUGCCUACCGUUGAGUUUGUCGUUGGAAUAGCGUGCGAGGGAUGUAUUGCGCAACACCACCCGCUGAUGCCUGCUCCCCUUCAUGACCCAAACCAUGCCCCACUCCCUGGUCGGAUGGGCCGCAAAAUUGUUGAUAUUGCAAAGGCUCUCGGUGGAGAAGAUGCCUGGGGCCCGACUUGCCUCUCUGCGCAGCGACAAGCAAGCGUCGGCGUUGGCGCGUCGUUGACUCGACAUCUGUGGAAGCGGGAUAGCAUCGGUGCACUUCCAAGUCCCUUCAAUGUGCCCCUCCUAUAUCACUAUUCCCGCCCAAUACUCAUCAACCCUCCCGCUCAGCGUCAACACUCUCCACCGCCUAGCAUCCUCCGCAGUUCCGCGCAUCGUAUCCACUUUGACAACGCCUUCAGACGUUAG